CGCUUUCCCCAACUAAACUCACUCUCCACGCAGGAAGCUCACAAUGCCACUCCAAAAUAACUCCCCAGAUAGCUAGCAGAGACGAGAAAUAGUGAGUGAACAAUGGGGCGGUUGCUUCUGCUGCUUAUGUUCUUCAGUGCAGCAGUUCAUGUCAGCUUGUCUGCAACUGAUCCUCGUGAUGCUGCGGCACUGAGGUCGCUGAAAGAGAUAUGGAGGAACCUUCCCCCGAGCUGGACGCAGUCGGAUGAUCCCUGUGGGUUCCCUUGGGAAGGAGUCACCUGCAAAAACUCCAGAGUCUCUGCAUUGGGACUGUCUAGCAUGGGUCUUAAAGGGAAGUUGAGUGGUGACAUUGGAGGGCUAACUGAGCUAAAAUCCUUGGACUUGUCAUACAACCGAGACCUCACAGGGCCCUUAACCCCGCGAUUAGGCGAUCUGCAGAAAUUGAACAUCUUAAUCUUGGUGGGCUGUGGCUUCAGCGGCGGAAUUCCAGAUGAGCUGGGGAAUCUCUCAGAACUAUCCUUCUUGGCACUCAACUCGAAUAACUUGACAGGAAGAAUACCCCCGUCAUUGGGAAAUCUCUCCCAGCUUUACUGGUUGGAUUUGGCUGAUAAUCAAUUGACAGGAAAUCUCCCAGUUUCCACACCAGACACCCCAGGCUUGGACCUCCUCCUCAAGGCUAAGCACUUUCAUUUCAACAAGAACCAACUAUCAGGUUCCAUUCCUCCCAAGCUUUUCAGUCCUGAGAUGGUCCUCAUACAUGUACUGUUUGAUGGGAAUCAACUCAAUGGAAGUAUCCCAGACACGUUAGGACUAGUUGCGACCAUUGAAGUUCUUCGAUUGGAUAGAAACGCUUUGGCGGGAAGGGUACCCUCAAAUCUGAACAACCUUCUGAAUAUCAAUGAGCUGAACUUGGCGCACAACAGAUUGACCGGCCCCUUACCAAACUUAACUGGAAUGAAUAAUCUCAAUUACAUAGACCUGAGCAGCAACUUUUUCGAACCUUCUGAAGCUCCUACUUGGUUCUCUACCCUACCAUCUCUUACCGCAUUGGUUAUGGAACAUGGAUCACUUCAAGGACCUCUGCCACCAAAGAUCUUCAGUUUCCCACAAAUGCAGCAACUGUUAUUAAACGACAAUGCCUUCAAUGGCACGUUAAGCAUGGGCGACAGCAUAAGUCCACAACUUCAGCUUGUCGACCUGCAGAACAAUCAGAUUUCCUCUGUAACACUAACUGCUGGAUACAACAACACAUUAAUACUAGUGGGAAACCCGGUCUGCACGGCUCUGUCCAACACUAACUACUGCCAACUCCAGAGGCAACAGUCCUCCAGAUCUUACUCCACAAGCCUUGCCAAUUGUGGGACCAAACUCUGCACAGCUGACCAGAAGCUCAGCCCACAGAGCUGUGACUGUGCAUACCCAUAUGAAGGGACCUUGUACUUCAGAGGGCCUUCCUUCAGGGAUCUAACGAAUGUGAAUACAUUUCAUGCACUGGAGAUGAGCCUCUGGGUGAAGCUAGGACUUACCCCGGGCUCCGUCUCACUUCAGAACCCAAUUUUCAACUCUGAUGAUUAUCUCCAGAUCCAGCUAGCCCUUUUCCCCCCUGCUUUCAGUGGAAAGUACUUCAACAGAUCGGAGAUCCAGAGAAUCGGAUUUGACUUGAGCAACCAAACCUACAAGCCUCCCCAUGAAUUUGGACCUUACUAUUUCAUUGCAUCUCCAUACCCUUUCCAAGGGGAACAUGGAAGAGCUUCCAUCAGCAGAGGCGUUGUAGCCGGGAUAGCAAGCGGCUGCUCUGUUCUGAUCCUGUGCCUUGUUGCUGUAGCCAUUUAUGCCAUUCGUCAGAAAAAGCGUGCUGAAAAGGCUAUUGUAUUUAGUAAACCAUUUGCUUCUUGGGCAGCAGCAAGUCGGAAGGAUAAUAGUGGUGGAGCAGGGGCACCACAGUUGAAGGGAGCAAGAUGGUUCUCCUACGAUGAACUCAAGAAGUGCACUAGUAACUUCUCCGGGAGCAAUGAGUUAGGUUCUGGAGGCUACGGCAAGGUGUACAAAGGAGUGCUUUCUGAUGGGCAGAUAGUGGCAAUUAAACGAGCUCAACAAGAAUCAUUGCAAGGCGGGCAGGAGUUCAAGACUGAGAUUGAGCUUCUCUCAAGGGUACACCACAAGAAUCUCUUGGCCCUCAUUGGCUUCUGUUUUGAACAAGGGGAACAGAUGCUGGUGUACGAGUUUAUGCCAAAUGGUACUCUCAAGGAGAGUUUGACAGGGAGAUCAGGCAUUCAUCUUGACUGGAGAAGGAGACUCCGAAUAGCCCUUGGCUCAGCUAAAGGACUCGCUUACCUUCACGAGCUGGCAAACCCUGCAAUCAUCCAUAGAGACAUCAAGUCCACCAAUAUCCUUUUAGACCAAAACUUGAGUGCCAAGGUUGCUGAUUUUGGCUUGUCCAAGCUCGUCUGUGAUAGCACCAAGGGCCACGUUUCAACUCAGGUUAAAGGCACCUUGGGAUACCUGGAUCCAGAAUACUACAUGACGCAGCAACUGACGGAGAAGAGCGACGUGUACAGUUUCGGAGUGGUGAUGCUAGAACUGGUGACGGCGAGGCAGCCAAUUGAGAAAGGAAAGUACAUCGUCCGCCAAGUGCGUGCGAAGAUGACGGUGGAACCGGAGGUGGUGGCGGCGGAGGAAGAGGAUUACUGCGGUCUCAAGGACAUGAUCGACCCGGCGAUCAUUACGGAGCUGGGAACGGCGGGCGCGACUCUCCGGCGGUUUCUGGAAUUGGCGAUGCAAUGCGUGGAAGAGUCGGCAGGGGACCGGCCGACGAUGAGCGAAGUGGUAAAGACGAUCGAGGCGAUCUUGCAGGAGGAAGGAGUGAACGGCAAUUCGACCUCCGCUUCCUCGUCGGCGACGGAAUUCGGAAUUCAUUGCCUGAGAGGAGGAGGUGGAGGAGGCGCGAAUCUCCGGCAGCAUCCGUACUGCGGAGGCAGCGGCGAGGUGUGUACCAACAAUACGAAGAACAAAAGCGGCGGAGGGAAAGGGAAUUGUAACGAAAAGUGUGACGCGUUUGAUUACAGCGGUGGCUACGCGAUUUCAGCCAAGGUGGAACCCAAAUAGCCGGGCGAAGCUCGAUUUUCGCGGCUGCUUUCUUCACUAUACCCUUUUGUUUUUGGUUUUGGCGGGGGAAAAAAAUGGUCUUAGUGUUGGUAUUUUUAUACGGCGUCGCUCGCGUGGACUUGAAAAAAACUACGGCGUAAAUUACAUUAGGGUCACUGAAACUAAACGUUCCUCUCAUAUUUGCUGCCAGAGCCUGCAACUGAAUCGCAGCUUUUUGGGCGGGUUUGUAUAAACCAUUUUCAUCACCAUUG